CACCGGCAAUACACUCACGCGCACCGCAGAGAGUUUUUCCGAGUGGGUUUUCUCUCUCCGUCCUCCUUCUUCUUCCUCUCUUCACUUUCUGCCGGGUCUCUCUGUCUGCUCACCGAGCUUCAUCUGUCAGCUGCAGCUCUGCGACUUUCUUCUUACCGUUGAAUAAAUCUUCAACUGUCAAAAUGGCCAGCAGAGGAACUGUAAAAGCCAGCGGAAACUUCAACGCCGGUGCGGAUGCUGAGGUCCUGUACAAGGCUAUGAAAGGGCUGGGGACCGAUGAGGAUGCCAUCUUGGAGCUGCUGACGGCUCGCAGCAACGCCCAGAGGCAGGAGAUCAAGACCACCUACAAAACUCUGUUUGGAAAGGAUCUGAUCGAUGACCUGAAGGGAGAGCUAGGAGGCAAGUUUGAGACCCUGAUCGUGGGUCUGAUGACCCCACCCAUUGCUUACGACGUGACAUUACUUCGCAAUGCCAUCAAGGGGGCAGGAACAGAUGAGAAGGUGCUGGUGGAGAUCCUCGCCUCCAGAACACCUCAGCAAGUGAAGGACAUCAUCGCUGGUUAUAGACAGGAGUAUGACGCCGACCUGGAGGAGGAUGUAUGUGGUGACACUUCAGGUCACUUCAAGAGACUUCUAGUUAUUCUGCUGCAGGCAAACAGGCAGCAGGGGAUCCAGGAGGGAAUGAUCGAGAGCGAUGCUCAGGCUCUCUUCAAGGCAGGAGAACAGAAGUUUGGCACUGAUGAACAAUCGUUUGUCACCAUCCUGGGCAACCGAAGUGCCGAACAUCUUAAGAAAGUAUUUGAUGCUUACAUGAAACUGUCUGGAUAUGAGAUGGAGGAGAGCAUCAGCAGGGAAACAUCUGGAGGCCUGAGAGACCUGCUUCUCGCCGUGGUGAAGUGUGCCAGGAGCGUUCCAGCCUAUUUUGCUGAGACCCUGUACUACUCCAUGAAGGGGGCAGGUACUGACGAUAACACCCUGAUCAGAGUGAUGGUGAGUCGUAGUGAGGUGGACAUGUUGGACAUCAGAGCUGCGUUCAGGAGGAUGUUUGCCUGCUCUCUGCAUUCAGUGAUCAAGGGAGAUACUAGUGGUGACUACCGUAAGGCUUUACUGUUGCUCUGUGGCGGAGAUGACGCAUAACCACAGCAACAAGCAAUAACAGGAACCACACCUGAAGUGCCUCCUCCCUAAGUGGACCCCUUGGGCUGUCGGCUCACAGAGACAACAAGCUAAUACAAAGUCAAAAUUCAUUACAACAGAACUUUCUUGUGUGUGAGACACGGUUCAUCAGGUCUUUUAAACUAUGAUUCCAGAUAUUGUCUUUGAAAGGUAGCUAACAUUUUGUUCAUGUCCAUAUUAAUGCAGCUUUUGGUCGACUAAUAUCUUCGCAAUAACUAAUGUUUUAUCAUUUAUAAUUCCAAAGAAUCUGACUACCUUUGUUUUGUUUGCACUUUGUAUGGCAGAACCAAUAUGCAAUAAUAAACAUUUCAAUUGAUGAA